UUCCUCAGUUGUGAGAUUUUGGGCAUUUAGUAUGGUGUUCUAAAUGAUUUCCAAUUAUCAUUCACAUUUCUCUGAUUAAAUUCCUCCUCCCACCUGACUUGGCUAUAAGUGUGUUAAAAGGGCCAAUUUCACAAAAUUUAAAGUACCAUGUGUGUAUAUAUAUUACUGGUCUGGACUUUACAUAUUUAGUGUGCAAACAGAAUAAUCAAGUCAUAAUCACUUGUAUCUUAGCUACCAUUAAUUUUUAGUUCUGUGACCAGCUCCUUUUUAUAUGUUAAGAUGAGGUCUUGUAUAGUUUCCCCCAUGUUGGAUGCAACACUUCUUGAAUUAGGAAAUUGUCAUCUAUACUGUUUAGAAAUCCAAGGAUAUCUUAUUGCUGGCAGCAUGAGACAUCCAGAAUAUGUCACUCAAAUUGAAGUCCUCCAUGAUCAUGUAGCAUUUCCCCCUAUAUAUUAUAGGACAUUGAUCCAUAAAUAUUCAGGAUCAUUUUAUUCUAAGUUGUCAGUGAUUCAGAAACAGGUGUGUAUCUGCUAUCUUGUGCACCAAUGAGCCUGGAAUUCAAUCUGCUGGAAUAAGACAAUGGCCUCUACGUCCAGUUGAAAUAAAGGGAAUAUGUGUUCUCACUUGUGAUGAUUUGACAUUAUAAACCCUUCAUUAACCAUGAUGGCAACACAGACAUUAAGUAUAGACAACUAUCAAGAUGGACAACAAAUGCAAGUAGUAACCGAGUUAAAAACUGAACAAGACCCAAACUGCUCUGAAACUGAUGCAGAAGGAGUGAGUCCUGCCCCUGUAGAAUCUCAGACGCCAAUGGAUGCAGACAAGCAGGCCAUUUACAGGCACCCACUGUUUCCAUUGUUAGCACUAUUAUUUGAAAAAUGUGAACAAUCUACACAGGGCUCAGAAGGCACUACCUCUGCUAGUUUUGAUGUAGAUAUUGAAAAUUUUGUAAGGAAGCAGGAGAAGGAAGGAAAACCCUUUUUUUGUGAAGAUCCAGAAACUGAUAAUUUAAUGGUAAAGGCAAUCCAGGUUCUACGUAUUCAUCUGCUUGAGUUAGAAAAGGUUAAUGAACUCUGCAAGGAUUUCUGUAGUCGUUACAUUGCCUGUCUGAAAACUAAAAUGAACAGUGAAACUCUACUAAGUGGAGAACCUGGAAGUCCUUAUUCACCUGUACCAUCGCAGCAAAUUCAAAGUGCCAUUGCAGGCACACUGAGUCCCCAAGGGAUUAUGGUGCCUGCAUCAGCAUUGCAGCAGGGAAAUGUAACUAUGGCAACAGUAGCAGGGGGUACAGUGUAUCAGCCAGUCACUGUGGUCACUCCACAAGGUCAAGUAGUGACACAAGCACUGUCACCUGGGACAAUUAGGAUCCAGAAUUCACAGGAUAAUACUGCAAGAGAACUUCCACCACUACCGCUGCAGCUUCAGUUACAGUUAAACCAAGAUCUAAGUAUCUUGCAUCAAGAUGAUGGCUCGUCAAAAAAUAAGAGAGGGGUUCUUCCAAAGCACGCUACUAAUGUGAUGAGAUCUUGGCUCUUUCAGCAUAUAGGGCAUCCAUAUCCAACAGAAGAUGAGAAAAAGCAAAUUGCAGCCCAGACAAAUCUGACACUACUGCAGGUUAACAAUUGGUUUAUCAAUGCUAGAAGACGAAUUCUUCAGCCAAUGCUGGAUUCUAGCUGUUCCGAAACUCCAAAAACAAAGAAAAAAACAGCUCAAAACAGACCAGUUCAGAGGUUCUGGCCUGAUUCCAUUGCAUCAGGAGUUGCUCAGCAGCAAUCUAAUGAACUUACAAUGUCAGAUGAGUGGAAGAGCCAGACUUGUUACAUGGGGCCUCCUGACUCUCCACGCUGUUCUCAUUCGUGCAGACCACCCUGCCUUACUGCCCAAGGAGCUGUUGUAACAAUUACAGCUCCGGUCAACAUGAAUGUAGACAGUCUCCAGUCUCUGUCAUCUGAUGGUGCUACUUUGGCUGUUCAGCAAGUUAUGAUGGCAGGACAAAGUGAGGAUGAAUCUGUGGAUAGUGGUGAAGACGAUGGAGCAGACCUCUCAACAACAAACAUCAGUGGGCUUGUUUUGGAUAACAGUGAUUCUCUGCAGUAGGAAGCAAGAGAAUGUGACAAAAUAUUUAGGAAAAUGAAUGGACUGACUGACUGUUUUUAUAGUUUGCACAGCAAACAUUUUACACAAGUUUUAUUUCUAAUAUGUUUUAUAUGUAGAUAUAGAAGGGUGCACUUUUUUGUAUUUCAUAGUAAGCUUAAAGAGUGUCUUUGCAGGUGCAGCAACUUCUUUCAAAUGUGUUUUUGAAUUUUGAAGAGAGGUUGAGUUUGUUUUUUUUAAUUACAAAAAAUUGCAUCUAGUAAUGUAAUGAACCACAUAAAUACCCCUUUUGUUCUCUCAUUAGAUUGAAAGUGCUACAAUUUCUAAAGAAUUAUGCAGUUUCAAUUAGACCUGUUGUUAAAGACAGCUCUUGGUUGACUAACGAUGUAAAUUCAAAGCAUGUGGCACUUGAUCAUUAAGUUAGACACACAUUUGAAAGAUGCUUCUGCACCUUAAAAACUGCCAGUCUGAGGUGGGCAACAACACACACCCACAAAGAAAAUGGAGAUGUGUGAUUCAGUAGCGAAUGUAUGACAGUUUAAAUAAGUUUAAUUUCUCUCAUAGUCAGUGAGCUUGUUUAUCAUUUGCUAUAAAAACUCCUAUUUUUACCUUGGCGGGAUUAUUGGAUAAAAAAAAUAUUUUUAUAAAUUGAGUAGGAAUUGGAAUGACAACUGUAUUGAGCAUGAGAAAAAAAUUUCCAGAAGGGGAAAAUAAAUGUUUAGUAUUCCUAUUUGGAAGGUUCUGAAAAUUUGACCAAAUUUAAUAAACAUGCCUAAUGCUAGUGUUCCAUGGUUCUCUGCUAUCCCAUAGUGGUAUAGUAUAUUUGAUAAUAGCAUAAGAAGGGCCCACAGUUUGAUGGGAUUUUGAUAUUGUCAAACUUUGAUUUAUAUAUGUGUAAACUAAUGCUCAAAUUACAUUUAACUCUGUAUCUAAACUUGUAUCCGAAGAUAUUUGCUAAAUAGGUAUUCAGGUAAGUAAGUACAAUUAUCCACAAAAUUUCUAGUAAUCAACAGAGAAACUUAAUAGUUCAUGUUUUUUCAGUCUGAUUUUUAAAAAUGAAAAAUUGACUGGCUAGUUUUUCCACCUCAGUUAUAUUAUUGAAUUUGAAAUUUGUUUCCACAUACAAAAAAUAUAAUUUAUGGAUUAUAUAAAGAAUCUUUUCAGAUACAAACAUCACUACCAGAAUUUACAACAGGCUUGUAAAAAAUCCUUGUGUGUCUUUUAACAAACUCAGAACUAGUGAUGAAAAUAGAUUUAUCUGUGAUAAUGGUUAAUUUCAGUUUAUCCGCAGAUCUUGAGUUGUGUAUUGUUAUUUCUGAACACCUGUUAUUGACCCUUCAUGCUGAAAAAGUUGGUCUUUCCCCAUUGUUAAGUGCAAAGAACAGUAGACUCAAGAAAUCUUGUAGCAGGACAGUGUGAAAAGGAGGGUGCUACCUUCAAAUCUUAAGCACUAAUUGAGCAAAGCACUUAGUUAUGUGCUUAACUAUAAGCACCUACUUAAAGCCAUUCCUGUUCCACAAAAUAUCCAAGCAUGUGCUUAGAUCCCGUUAACUUCAGUGGGGUUAAACCAUAUACUUGAAAUUAAACACAUGCUUAGGUGCUUUGUUGAAUUGGGGCUUUGAAGUCUGCCUUACUGAGCAAUUUAUAGGCAGCAUGAACAGAGACCUUGACAGGAGAUGCUAAAAAAUUGUUACAUGUACAUAGAAGGCAAAUUUAUUUUUCAGAGGUUACCAUUAAAAAAAUCCUUGUUUUACUGGCAUUGGGCUACAUUCACCACUAGCAUAAGCAGCUGACUUCGCCACUGUAACACCUAAUUAUGCCUGUGAUGAAUUGGGCCUGUUGACUCAACUGCAGUAAUGAGGUAUGAUUAUGGUUAGAAUUAUUAAAGUAAAGUUUUUAAAGUAUUUGUUUUAAUCUAUCUUCUCUGUUUUUGCCUCUAAUACCCUUUCCAUAUGUACUGAGCAAUUUAAAGAAAAUACUAAGAGUGUAUAAUGAAAGAUUUAAUUAUGAAAACUGGUAUAAUGUAAUUGAUUUAAGGCAUACUGACAAGUCCAAUUUGACCCAAAAAUUAAAAGGGCACAGUCAACUUUAAAAAUCAAACUCCUGUAUGAAAACAUUUGCCUACUAUUGUUAUAAGCAACACCCAAGAUGAAUAUAACUGACUGAGAUUGGAAGCAAAAAUACUUUUCUCUAUCUUUUCAAUUUGUUUACUGUUUGCUUCUGCCAGCACUUUUUCAGUGUUUCCCAUGGUAGAGCCAUUUUUUCCUAUUGUACUGUGUAUGUUUUUCAUACAACAGAAGGUGAGAGGAAAAAUAUUUUUAGGGCUAGAUUCAGCCAGCUUUGUUCAUGUUUAGUAGCAGUUGAAGCCACAGAGCUGCAAAUACUUACAUACGUGAGUAGAAUAAUGUAUUGCUCAAUACGAGCAAAGCUGGCAGAAUUGAGUCCUCAAAAAAUAGAAAAAUGUGAUUUUUUUUUUUUUUUUUUUAAAUACAUAUAUAUUGGCAGGGGGACUUAGGUGGGUGUAGUACCUGAAACUUUUAACUCAGUUGAAAAUAAGUAGAUUUCAAGUUGACAAUGUCCCUUUUGAUUUUAUGAAAGCAAGCUUGUACAAAUCAUUACACCAAUUAAAAGUGUUUCCUUGGAUUUUUUCCUUCGUUCUAGUGGAAAUAUAUAUAUUUUUAUUCAAUAGAAUAAGUAAGCGUUCUUGCUGGUGUUUGCAGCGUUUAUCCAGUGCAUAAGUACCUGGAAUGUGAAAUUGACUGGAAAGUUACUAAUGACAAAAGAAAAUGGAGUAAUCCAUUUUUAAUGUUAGUCUCAAGAAAACUGCAAAAAGUAAACAGUAUAGUGAAAAGUAAACUAUAUUUGUAAAAUUACUUCAGUUUUAAUAAUCAAAGGUACUAUUUAACAAACUAUGGGGCCCAAAUUUUUUCAAGGACUGACAUCUAAUAACUAAAACUGCAACAUUUAAAAAGAAAUCAUGGAAAUUGUGCAAAAUUAAAACAGAUGCACUUGAUUGUAAUUAAGUGAAUUUAAGUUACUAAUGAUUCAAUUUUUGGUACCAAACCUGCUUGGGAGCAAUUAAUGAAUAAUUAUUCAGUCUAUGCAAGAUGAAAUUACCUCUCCAGCCAUAACUGUGUGAUUUAUAGGUACGCUAUUGUAGUAUUUUUGGUCUUCUUUUAUUUUUGAUAAUCAUUCAGACAAAACAUUCACUAAAAAUUCAGCUGGGUUUAAAGUUGACUAGGCAAAAUAUAAUUUGGAAAGCAUGUUGGAAAUAUAAGUAACCUUCAUUCCCUCUUGAAAAUCUAAGAUAACACUAGUGAAACAUUUCUAUUUCUAAACAAUUUCCCCCUCUGCCAUAGUAAAUAGAAUGCAUUCAGAUAGUAAUCAUCUCCCCCCGAAAAGUAAAGCUAGCCAAGAAAAAUCAAUGAGAAUGCAAGUUUAGGUUUUACUUUGUUCAUUUAAAUACUACAGUUAAACACGUAUUACUUCUGAAUUGUUAAAUGUAUUGCUGAAGAGUACUCCUGGAAACAUUUAGGACUUGACUGAACUUUGUUGUUGUUUCAUUGUAGAUUGAAUAGCUAGGUUGGCUUUGCCAAACCCAAAUCUGAUUUUUCUAGGCUUACUAAACUCUUUCAAGUAUUUUAUUUUUCACAUUAUAAAAUAAUUUUACUUAAUCAUUCAACAUGGAGUAGAAUGAAAGAUGGCGCAAGUAUGCUGUGAAAAGAUCAUGCUAACCAUGUCAUUUGGUUACCUGUGCAACAUGGUAAUAUAAGUUUUGUUCUGCUCUGUAGUUCUGUAGGAUCUACUGAAUAAUCACUCUUUUUUUCUUUUCUUUUUUUUUUGACUGUGUGAGAGAGCACGCCUUUUUACAAACUUACUAACCUUGUAGUCUACUGUCAAAAUAUUUACCUAAUGUUAUUAGAUGCCCAUGUUUUCAGAUAGUGACAGAAAUGACCCUCAAUCUUCCACUGUUUUAGCAACAUUUGUUCUAUAAAACUGACAAUCUUUAAAGUGUGAACACUGUACAUUUAGCUUUUCUUGGAUAGUUGUCUUUUAAGGGAUAUUGUGAAGCAAUUGAUCUAUCAAAGCAAAGAAAAAUUAAAAAUCAGAACAUGC